GAGCUUCUUGGGCACACUUACAAAGACCCAAGUGUGAGAGAGAGCCAGGGUUGGUGUGAGUACCAGGGGGCCGUGAGGGGUGAACCCGCGUCCCUGGUGGCUGUGUCUGUCUGUGGGGGUAUGACGGGCGCUAUCUACACAGGGGGGCAGUGGGUGGAGGUGUCACCUGCCCCCCAGACCCACACCCUCUCCGGCCCCCACCUCCUCCACCACCCCAACACCCGACACCCCCAUGGACCGACUGGGGUGUGCGGUGUGAAAGGCGACAACAACAAGGACAAAAAACAUCAACAACAUCAACAAGAUCAGGCAGAUGUUUUAGACAGGGUGGAGAGGUCGUUAAGGGGGGAUUACCUGUGGACCCAGACCAACACCAGCUUUGUGGAGGUGGUGGUGGUGGUGGACAAGGCCCUCAAGAAGCAGCUCUCCACCUCCGCCUCCACUCCAUCAGACGCCAAGGAGAUCAUCACCAAGAGAGUUCAAGGAAUCAUGAAUGUUGUCAAUGGGAUAUACAAACCUUUGGGCAUCAUCACUGUGCUCACCCACAUCGAGAGGUGUUGGAAGAAGAUGGAGAUAGUGAUGAGAGGGAGGAAAGAGAGUGUGGAAACUGUCAUGGUCCACGAGAUGGGUCACAACUUCGGGCUCAACCACGUGGAUGAGGUGGAGGGAUGCGAGUGCGUGGAGAAAAACUGUAUCAUGCUGUCGAGUGGAAUGGGGUGA